CAUUCAUUCAUUCAUUCAUUACCUUCCACGCCUUCUUCCUCUUUUCUGUACCAUCCUGCACCCUCUUUCGAUUCGUCUUCUACACUCGCUCUGUUGUCCCUCUUCCUCAUCUCGCAUUUUAGGCGUUGUCUUUGUUCAUUCAUUAAACAACCUGACACGGCAUGCAACCAUGAUCUCCGCCACAGUGCGCUACUGUACCCUACUGCUCUCUCUACUGAGCCUCUCUCUGAUCCCUCUAUGCAGCGCCGAUUCAUUGAAGAUCGAGCCUGACACCCCUCUUAACCUAAUCAAGGCGGCUGCAAAGGAUGCUCUUGCUCGCCAUGCCAACGCCGAAGCCCUGACAUAUUUCGACGCCGCAGUCUCUCGAGAUCCCUCCGAUUCUUCCUCUUUCUACCAACGAGGCAUCACCUACUUGUCUCUUGGUCGCAGCCUUCAGGCCGCUGCCGACUUCAACAAGGUCUUGUCACUCAAACCUGAUUUUGAGCCGGCUUUAACACAACGCGCCAAAUUGAGAGCGCGCAAUGGCGAAUGGGCCUCGGCAAGAGAAGACUUUCUCGCUGUAGGUGCCAAAGCAGAGGAAGAUCUGGCCCGGCUCAACGAGGCAGAAGGUGCUUACUACAUUGCAAUGGAGGCAGAGAAGCAUGGUGAUUUCGAAGCGUGUAUCAACCAAGCUGGAAUUGCAAUCAUGACCGCCGGCGCGGCCCUGUCUCUUCGUCAGCUGCGCGCCAGGUGUCGUUUCGAACGCGGGGAGAUCCAAGAAGGUGUCAGUGACCUUGCUCAUGUUCUUCAAAUCCACCCCGGCUCCAUCGAACCUCACAUCCAGAUAUCAGCCAUGUUGUUCUACGGCCUCGGUGAUACAGAUCGCGGUUUGGCUCAGAUUAAAAAAUGCCUCCACUCCGACCCGGACUCCAAGCCCUGCAAGUCUCUCUUCCGAGAGGAAAAGAUCGUCGCCAAGCAGGUGGACAAGCUCAAUGCCCACAUCUCAAAAGCUCAAUAUAGUGCUGCCAGCAAACUCCUGGUAGGCGCCGCAACGGAAGAUGAGCCAGGGCUUCUUUCCGACGUCAAGACCAACGUCGGAUCCCUCCUCGAAUCUGGAGCUAUACACCCUCGAGCGCCGUCAGGGCUCUACCUCGACCUGGUCGAGAAAGCAUGCCAAUGCUAUUCCUCGAUGAAGUCAUCGUCCAAGGCCCAAAAAUAUUGCUCGGAAGCUCUCACUCUCAACCCCGACUCCCUCUACGGCCUGCUUCAUAAAGCCCAAACACAUAGCGAUGCAGAAAAUUUUGAGGCCGCCAUCCAGACCCUGACAGCCGCACGAGACAAGCAUCCCGACCAGCAAGGUGUGAUCGAAGAAAAGCUAAACCAGGCUCAAAUUGCGUUGAAACGUUCCAAGACGAAGGACUAUUACAAAGUUCUCGGCGUGCCGCGCGACGCAGACGAGCGGACAAUCAAGAAGGCUUAUCGUGAUGCCGUGAAAGCUCAUCAUCCUGAUAAAUCAAGGGCAAAAGGCAUUCCUAAGGAAGAUGCCGAGAAAAAGAUGGCAUCCAUCAACGAGGCCUAUGAAGUUCUGAGUGACCCCGAGCUCAAAGCACGAUUCGAUCAAGGUGAAGACCCCAACGAUCCCAUGUCUCAGCAAGGCGGCAACCAUUUCCAAGGUAGUAACUUUGGAGGUGGCCAACAAUUUGUGUUUCAACAAGGUGGAGGACGAGCUUUCAAGUUCUCGGGAGGCUUUGCAGGUUUUCCCGGAUUUGGAUAGGAAUGCCUCAAGAGCAGAAGACUCAGUACCAUUCUUGGACAUCUUGGAAGAAGUAGGCGUUCCACAGAUCCAACUUAUUACCUUGAAUGCCUUCGAGUUUGGUGUGAUGUUUUCAGGCGAAAUACCCUAUCAGUGGUCUUAUGAGAUGACAAAGUACUGCCAAUUCCGAGGGGACCAUGUCGUCAUAGGAUCGACCGACUCAGUCCAUUGAGAGAAGGUCAUGAGGAUACCUCUGUCCUGGCCUCGAAACUUGACAGAUACCAAGUCCACACGGAGACUUUGUUCAAGACGCGACCUUCCUCGCGCAGGCAGCGGUUCGAGACCUUUCCUCCUCCUUGCCAGUCCUGUCAAUUGACUAUCACUGGUAUCAGCUACGAGAAAAUCUGCACCAUGCUCCGCCCCAUGGGCCCCUUUGUCAAAAUCCUUGACGACGAGACUUGCACCAGAGGACAGCUGUGCCCAGUUGACAUGUUCAACACAUCUGAGCACACAACCAGCGCGGUUUGAAUGCUGCGAGGAUCUUCACUUACCUGGUCACCUGCUUUAGUGGUUGAAUCAUCAAAGAUGUGAAGUUUUGCUUAGAACUGCCGCCGCGGCGUAUCCAGAUCGAAAGGUGUCGGGCUUUACGUUGGCAAUCGCCAGUUGCCAUGGAUAGAGUAGAUGAUACACGUAUGAUUAAUGAGACCGUCCACCGACUGGACUGAUCUGUUUUCCAUACCCGUUCUUCCAUCGAUUUCCUAGAACCUUUCUCUGUCGUUGCUCCCCAGUCUUGCAGCCUACAGUUUUCUGUUGACGCGAGAACUUGAGUUGCAAAUACUUGUGCUUCGCAUCUUCGCAUCUUCGCAUCUGACUGCCACGAUCUUCAAGCUCGAUCCCGUCGUUCUCGUUGCGGUUUUACACUGCAAGUGCUCCCAGCACCAUCAUGAAAUUAUUUGUACUGGUAGAUGCCACACAGGACAUGUCUGAUUAAAAGUCACGACAACCUUGGGCGAGACGGUGCCUUCGGAACUCGACUCUCGGUGCCGACUGGCUAGCCCUUGCGAAAACGAGUGUACCCCUCAAUUCAUCUUGCUUCACCGGGUCUCGUUCCUAUGCAGCUUGAGUCUCACAAUCUCUCCAUCCAUUUGCAACACACCUCAACCUCAAGUUAGCACCACUGGAUCCCCGGCAUUACUAGCAAGCCAUAGCCUUCGUUGAAAACCACCCUUACACAGCAAUAAUCAAGCACUGUGUGCCAUAAAUGCUUCAUCCGCCCAUUCAUGUAACAGUUGUGGACAGUGAUACCGCCACCUCGAAAUGGCCUCGACCACUUACUUGAUGGGCGUUAAGGUGACGCGAACCCCUGGCUGGAACGUGCAAGUCCCGCCUCACACGUAUUGUUAUACCAGGACAGAUCGAGGCUGUCCAAGUACAAUGUCUUUCUCUGACCCUGGACAUUGGCGUAGAAGCUCAAUGUGGCCAAGCGAUAAAAUUGGUAGUCGAAGUUGAUGGGCCUCAAUUGACACGACGCGAAAUCCGGACAUGGCGGGAGUCUGAAGUGCUGGGUCACGGCCAAUCGCUGGUUUGCGGUGUCCUGGUCCCAUUUCCAGCCUUCUGCGACAAAGUCACAGGUAGUGCUUGCAUUUUGUGCAAUGUUGUCGCAGCCAACCCAUGCAGUCCGGGCAUUGAACCAGUACGCCGAAUUCGACUCUCGAACAGCAGCACCGAAAGCAUUCGGAGGAACAUACUGACCCCUAGGAAGUCCAAAGGUUGAAGAAAUCCGACUUUCGUUGUACUGAGCGAGGCGGGACCCGGAAUGUGCUGGGAAUGGUUCCCUAGGGGGUGGAACAACCGACCAUCCGUUACCCCACUGGAAGUGAUGAUACCAUCCCACAUUAUUGAUUGGAGGUAAAUCUGUGGUGUCAUUGUUGAAGGUAGAGAAGACAGCAAGAUCAUCGAACUAGAUACUGGGUUAGAUCUGUUGGUCCCAACAAGUCCUUGUUCCUACCUCGAUUCGGAAUGUGCCAACUUCGCCACAAUUAGCAGUUGGGCUGGGGUAUACAUGGCUAGUUGGUAAAGAUCCCGGGGGAGUGGUUGUAGCAUCAGGGACGGAAGGUGGAGUGACUAUAAUCUGUCAGGAAGUUCCAAAUAUACAGAGAAGAUUUGACCUACUUGUGGUUUCCCAAGAGGUGAAAGUCAAGACUGAUUGUCCAUCCCAGUUGUUGCACCAAUGAGCAACAUGGCCACUGAUCGUGGCAGAAAUCCAGAUACAGGUCUGUCUCUUGGCAAUAUCACCAUUCUCAACUGGACGUGCUGGGAUAUUGUAGCCAUAUUCUGAUUCUUGGAAGUAUCCACCGGGAAUGGUACUACUCUCGGUAAUGGUUGAGAUCGCAGGCUGAGUGACAGUGACAACCUGGAUGCUGGUCGCUGUCACUGUGGUGAUGAAGGGUCCGCUAGAGCUGAUGGUGCCAUUUUGUGCAUCAACAGGAUCCAACGUUGUAGUAUGGGUGCAUGUCAGAUUCCACCCCUCUGUAUGGCUUGUAAAGGGGACAUGGCUAGUGACAUUCGCCGGUUGAUGGGGAUCCUGAUAGGUGGAGGAAGCCGUGACCGCAGGAAGGGGCGAAAGAGUAAUGGUAGUGAUGUGGAUCUCACUAGUAGAGUCAUUCAUAAGGCCCCUGGCGACUGUGCUGAGAGGAGGAGGAGGGCCGACCGUCACAGUGGUUAUACCAGCAACAAUGGUAGCACGAGUGAUAUGAGAUGGAUCAUCACUUUUGGGUCGGUAGAAGACAGAUGUACCAUCAUUGGGGAGUUCUGUAGCCUCAAAGCCAGAAACACGGACAGAAUGGGUGAAGACAGGGUUCGCGGUGUUUGGAAUGUUUCCGGUAGGGGCCAAUUCACUCGACUGUCUAACCUGGAGAGUGUCGAUGGAUGCCAUGGAUGCAGCAACAGAGGAGGGGUCUUGCUGAAGGAUGGUCACAGUGCCAGGUGUAUCGGUGACAGUGACAGUGAUGGUGCUGUAGAUGGUAAAGGCUUCACAUGUUGUCUCAGGCCUGAUUCAGUGUCAGUCUCCUUGGAAUAAUUCCGCAGUCGAAUGUGUUUUGAGGUGUAGGGAAUGGGUUCAGGGAGACUUACGGCGGGACGCCUUGUCUUCUGAAGGGUAAAAUUCCAGCCUGAGCCAAGCUGAAGAUUGCCCCAAGCAGGAG